AUGUCCUUAACUUAUUUUGCACAAGAGGAUUUCGUGAAUGGCAUCGAAUUAGCCGGUCCGCGGGGCGAGGGGCGCGGCGGCCCGGAGCGCGAGCGGCGACCGCUACUCGCUCGCUACCUCGCGCCUCGCCAACUAGUCGUGUCCACGGCGCCAACCGAAAAGCACGCGCGGCUGUCCUUAGAAUCGGCCGGCACCCGAAUAAUUCGGAUCGCGUUUUGCACAAACUUUUCGACGGUGUGCGUAGGACCCAUCGCGCGCAUCGUCCUUGUGAUAAGGGGCUCUGUGAUAUCC